AUGAGGUUGCGAAAAACCAUACGAGUCCCCUCCCGGUACGAUGAUGAAUGUGAGCUCUCGACUGGUGUUUCCCCACGGCGACUGCCACGGCGCAGAAAGGCAGCAGUAGAAGCAGGAGCAGGAGCAGAAGAGGAAGAGGAAGAGGAAAGGGCAAUACCUUACGUUGACUACGACCCAAAUCAACCUCCUGCCGCUUUUCCCACCCUCGAACACCCGCUUCCCGCUGGGCAGACUUAUCACUCUCUUCCUACCGCCACGCCACCUCCUGCUGCUGCUGCCAACGCCAGCCCUGAUACUGAUGAUGCUGAUCUUGAUGCUGACAGAAAUCAUCAUCUAGACGCUUUCAAUUCGCUUUAUCGUGGUAUCCCACCAGAAAAGCUCGACAACUUCAUCGCAAGUAACGGGCCGCAAAAUCCACAAUACAAGAGGAACAUGGCGCUGCUGGCACGAGAAGACGACGACUUCAAUCUUGAGAUCAGCGAUGACGAUGAUGGCCGAGGACUGCCUGGUAGUGAAAAUGCUGGUGCACAAUGGAUUCACCGUGAAGAACCAAUACCCAACGAUCCGCAGUGGGCCGAUAUUUCACUGAGCCUACAGAUCGAGAUUGCAGAAAACAUGUUGGAGACUCAUAGAUUGUCCACAAUCCAGCUCCUGCUUGGGCUGAGCCAGUCUGAUACUGAGCAACUAACGCGCAAUCUCCGAAUGCAUAACGCGGAUCUCGAAUACGAGAAUCGCGUUCUCGCCGAAAUGCGCAACAAGCAGAUGCAGGUUUUGAUGUGCCUUGACAAUUCCGAUCUAAAGCAGCAUUCAGUGCCAGGGCGGCUCGUCAUGUCGAAAAAAGUUUGGAACCAUUGUCAUCGUGUGAUUCAAAAACGGUCACAGAUGAGGUAUCUGCUCUGUCAGGCAGGGGAUCUUUUACUAGCACGAAAAUAUCUGUCUAAACGAGGGUUACCAAUGAGAUAUGCUGGCGAAUGGGACAAUCAAUUUGUUGCGACUCCAUCAAUAUCCAGCACUGGGGGGUUUGUUGGAAUUUUGAAGUGGAAAUCGAGUACAGAAUCACAAUCAGGUGCAUCCACCACCGCCGCCGGAGACUCCCGUCUGUUGCCUAAAACACGAAUUGGUGCACAGGAUCCAUCUCCCAUCACUGUUUCUGAAACGUUGAUUGUGCAAUUACCAGCAGCCCAACGCUAUGAACCGAUGCCUCGAGUCAGCACUCCUCAAGCAUCCACUAACCGCGAUGUACAGCUGGUUUUGCACAACCAGGCCCUUGUGCGUCUCAGGAUCGGCCGGGAAAAUGCAGCUCGUAUACACAUAGAAUAUCCGGCAACGCCAUCUCGGCGACACAUGGAUGCUUUGGAAAGGUUUCUUCCUACUCCUCGAACACGGACUAGAGCACAAACCAGGGAGCCAAACAGUGAUGACACAAUCGAAGAAUUGCCUUCCGAGUCGGAUAGGAUUGAAGGCACGUCUCGCCUCCAACCACCAGAACUUUCGUUUUCAACAAGGCCACGGCCGGGAAGCUUCAAUAACAUCUUUCCUGCUGGCCCACCAAUAGCGAAGCCCAAAGCUCGUCAAUUCGAUCAAGCCACAAGAAUCAGCACAGAUCAAAGCUCCACCCUUGAUGAUGCGCAUUCAUUUGAUUCCAGCCCUCCACAACCAUCAGACUUGUCUGCAUUGGAAGGUGUAGUGCACGGAAAUUCACAGAAUUUGACCGCGAGAAAUGCUAUGCCAACACCAGCGGCAUCCUCACCCAACUACAGUACGACAACGAAACUCACAGCUCACCACAACCACAAUCAUUUCCCGAAGACGAGCGUCGAAACGUGCCUUGCAACUCCGGAGUCCUAUCGCACUGACGUCGGUGAAAGGCAGCUUAAGUCGUACAUUUCAGCAUACAAUCGGUCAUCGAUGCCAAGUAACGGAAAUUUGGGAUCCGCAACUGCGUCCUUCUCAAGAUCAGAUACUAUGGUCAAUCACGUAGAGCUAAAGAAAGACGGUGUGGCACAAGCAGAUGCUGGUGUCUUUUCUCCAUCCAAGGCUAUGCAGGGUCUAAACCUUUUGCCUUCUUUAUCUAUGGAUUUUGGCGUUUUCGUAGGUCAUCAGGAAGGGCCGGGUACCAACCAUAAUAGCCUAGCCGAAGAAGCACCUCCAGGGCAUGCAAAUCGAAUUACGACGCCGCAGGCAGCCAAGUCCGCCAAAUACAUCAAUCCUCUUUUUGGCCUCGAUAGUUUCGAUAUUCAUGCAGACCAUGAGGAAGCAUCUCAAAAUGUCAAAACCAGCGAGUCAUCCCAUUCCCGCGCAUCAACAGGUCAAGGACAGACAGUAGCUGGGAUCGAGGAGCCGCCGUCCAUAAAUACUGAAAAUGCCAAUGGUAACCAACGAGCAGUCGAAGACAUUCCCAAUAAUCAUCUUUCGGCUAUUUCUACCAACGUUACUGUGGAUGUAAUGCCGCUGCCCCGGGAGAGGCGUCAGUCGGUGCGGAAGCAAACUGCAGGCACCAAGCGAGGUGCCAGCACUGAAAUGAAAGCAGCACAUCCAAAGCGAGGCAAGUUUCCGGAUCCAGCUUCCACUCCAACUACCAGAUCCGCUACCAAUGCAACCUCUAGUCACACCACCAACCCUCCUGUCCCUCGAGGACGAGGACGACCUCGCAAGUAUCCAAUACAACAAUGA